UUCAUGUCGGUAAGAAAUCCUGUAGUGUAGUUUGACCACGGUUGGUUGUGACUGGCCAGACGUCCAACGGUCGCCUGCCAGCAGCAUCACCGAAAUCCUACCGGCUAGCUGUGGCCCCGUCCCUCAAUGGCCAGUUCAACCGUCGUUACACCGAGUCAAACUACAGUUACUGGAUCAGGUGAAAGUGGAGCAGCGGGGCUCAACCCAGACAACAUCGCCUUCUUCCUGGUGCCUGUUUUCUUCUUCUUGGGCCUACUUGGGGUGGUGAUCUGCCAUGUGCUGAAGAGGAAAGGCUACCGGUGCACCACUGAGACCCAGGAUGAUGAUGAGGAGGUUUUUGAAGAAGAAAAGGAUCCUGAACUGGGUGGAGAUCUGAAUGACACCCUCAGUGACAACAAUGACACAGUCGGACAGAUUGUUCACUACAUAAUGAGAAACGAAGCAAACUCAGACGCCCUAAAAGCCAUGGUUCAUGAAAACAGCAUUGAUUCUGAUGGUCCUCCACUCACCCCCACCUCUCCCAUCACCCCAACCCCUCCGAUUACUCCCGUAUCACCGGGGGCGCCCCCAGGAGCUGCCAAGCACACCUGCAACCACCUGCACACGAUCGGUGGGCCUGGAGGCAACAAGAACAUCUGCACCCGCUGCAGCCAGAAGAAAUGGCCGCUGAUCAGGAGGCCAUCAGCGCGUAAGGCAGAGCAGCGCCGCAGCCACCACGGAGAGGUUACGGUCCUGGCUGUGGGCAGGUUCCGGGUGACCAAGUGUGAAAAACCAACCAGGGACAGACGGACUCUGUUGAUAACAGACUCCAACGGGAGUGUCCCUACAUCACCUACAGAGUCGGAGCCCAAGAGCCGGACCACAUCUGAGUCCCAGCAGGUGCAAACAGACAACUUGGACAAAGAGAAAUGAUAAAAAUCCAGCUUUCCAGAGAGAGGACAGAAGCAACAUCUGGACACUUUUUAAACUCGAACAAGUAGAAGAAAACAUCAGCACAGGAGAAACAAGAAGCGACAGAGUCAAUCUGGGAAUCGCCUCUCCACAUUCUCGCUCCACAGGGAGUGAAACGUGCAGCUGAUGAAGCAGACAGUGGUUAUUUUACAAGUACAGGGGGGGUAAGGUGUGUCCAGUUGUGAUACACUCCAUUUCCUCCUAUAAUAGAUUUACAGUAGUGCCUUGCUCAAAGGCAGAGUAACGGCUUGAUGUCAAGGAACCCUGAUCCAGGGCUCUCCCAAAUGAACUAAGCUCUUAUACUCAACAUGCCGAUGCGGUCCAUGAUGUACGUUCAUAUAUGAUUUCACCUGUAAUCAACCAGUUAAUUUAUAAAGCUACACCCCCAGCCCCAAUCUGAGAUAAAACUGUAGGUCAGUCAUUCCCAAACAGGAAGAAGGAACAACCUGAUAUAGUAGUCAUAGAGCCGGGAAACAGACUGGAGCAUUAGUCUGUGAUAAGAGGAAGGCAACAGUAAUCACAUCCUGUAAUAGCAUGAACAUGAUGUCAAAGUGUUCCCUGUAGUCAGCGUGACUAAGCAUCCCGACUGUGUGCAUUGCGAGGUCAACACGUCUGCUUUUCAAAUUUCCAAUCUCGUCUCUUUGUGUUGAUCUUCAAAUCUGACCUCUAUAAAGAAGAACGUGCAGUAUUCUACACCAAACAAAAAAUUAGACACAGGCUCACUAGCUAUAAGUGAGUGUUUUACUCAUACAGCAAACACGGAGCAACUUUAUGAUUCAUUUAGAGUCGAGUUUGUUUUCACCUGAUGAUCAGAAGAACCUAAAUUCACUCUCCUUUAAUUUCUGGUUUGCUGCUACUGACUGAAAGAAAUAUCUGCCUCCUUAGCUACUAAAUACUCCACCAUGUUCACCUGCUAGUUGCUAACUUUGUCUGUCUGUUGUUUUGUGUUAAAUAGGUGGCGUACAGUUGGUUUAUCAGAACUUUUUUUCUGGUUGGCUUUGAAUGGAAAUAACAUUAAUUGGAGCAAAUGAACCAAAACAGUAAAAUUGCGCUCAUAAAUCCAAAACAAUUAGCUGAGAGAUGGCAGAACAAUAUGUUAAAGUGUGUAGUGAUCAUUCUCUGUGGGUCCAUCACAAUGGAUGACCCCUUGACCAGUUGUUAAUAUAAAAAUAUUGAUUGUUGCAGCUUUAAUUUGUGAUGCUGAACUUAGACAUUGAGACUGGAAUAUGUGUAUUUUUUAUAUACUGUGCUAAAAUGUAUUCUUUAACAAAUAUAUAAUUCAUUCACAUUAUAUUGGAUUAGUUGUAGGACAUCUAAAACACAUUUUUGGUUAAAGAUUCGUGUCAUGUCCCUAUCGACUUCACUCUGGUGUACAUGUAGAAUGAAUGUUCAGCUGUCGAAGCCAAACGAAGCUGCUUCUUUUGAAUUCAGUCUGGAUUUAUCAUAUUUGUCCAUGAGCUGCCUUUAUAUUAAUCAUCAAUGCACUAAGGGGUCAUGAGCAAAUAGUCUGCAAAUGACUUAAUCCAUUAUGGAUUAUCUGUCAGUUGUUACGCCAGGAUAUAAGCCUAACUUUUUUUCUAAUGAAAUGUGCCUUUCAUUUCUAAGCAUGGGUCUAUUUGUAUGGGUGUGUUUUAUAGUGAAAGGCAGACAACAUGUGCUGUCAUUUGAUAAGAGUUUACAGUGUCAAGAAUCAUUUGUUGUGGAGAGCAAUUCAGUGAGAGAGAGAGAGAGAGAGGUGAAUGUUGCCGCCAAAAAUACUUGUGUGUAAGUGUGUGUAAGUGUGAGAGAAGGAGAGAGAGGGAGAUGCAAAUGAGUAACUUUUAUAAUUCCUCCUCCAUUAAGCAAGGCGUCAUUAAAGGAAAAUUUACGGUAUUUUUCACCCUUUGUCUUACUCUCAGAUUCGACCUCUCUGAGUCAUGUUAACGUUGAACUUGUCACCUCUGUGAGUCUGGCGAAAAGCUUUUAUUGGGGCUUUAAUUAAAGCUUUAAUUUUACAUAAAUAAUUUAAACACUUGACUCUAAAACUACUUGAACAAAAACACAGGUCAGAUAUUUGACAGUUAAUGUGAUCCCAUUUACACUUUGUCGCUCCCACAAACGGCUUCAGAUGCAUUUCCACCGCCAUCUGGACUGAGGUAACGCCGACCCUGAUUUGCAUUCAGACCAAGAAAAUCAAGACCGAUUACAAUCAGCCUUCUUAUUUAGCAAACGGAGACAUGUAUAUAUGUGGCUAAGUUUAAAUAAAAACUGAAUAACAUCUGAAUUUUAUUCAGAUAUGACACACUUGAAAUGACAAUUGUACCUGUACCCAUAAGCACAGAACAUCUACAACAGAGCUGUCAGGUGCAAAGUUAACAUGAGAUCCAGGUUAAGAAAUGCUGUGAAUUUUUUUUAAGGAAUCAGCCCAUUUAAUGUUUUUUUUUUUUUUUUUUUUUUUUCAGAUUCUACUCAAAAUACCAAACAAAGAGAAAAUGACAAAGAGAGUCUGUUCUCUAUAGUCCGGUUUUCUGUAACAACCAAAUCAGUUGAGUUGAAUAUUUAUUUUUCUAUGCUUAACACUCUUGACAAUACCCCAAAUUAAUUGAUCUUCUUGACGAGGAGGAAACCAAAUUCAACCAAAGCCAAAAAGCAAACAGAACCCAGAUGUGUUUUGUUCUGACGUCAGUAGUUUUAACUGUCUACUUCAUUGUGUGAAAAAACAAAGGGUAAGAUCGAGCAGCAGAGUGAACUCAAAAGUUAAAUCCGCUUCUUAAACAGGUGCUCCACCAACUUUAUACAUAUAAUUUUAGUUUACAAGUCACAAAAUGGAUUAUCUCAGUCUGGGCUUGGAGACUACAAACUUUUUUGGUGCUUGGCCUGUACUGGAAACUAAAAGUCGGAGCAUUUUUGCUUCUGCUGCUUUGAUUUAGACCAUUUUUUUUUUAAAUUGUUUCAUGUAACUUUAUGUAAGUACGAUAAUAAAUCACCAGUCGCCCUUUUAAAGACCCUUGUGAGGUGAGACGUAGUCAGCCAAACAUAUCAUUGUGAUCAACAGGCAUUGUAUUAGACGUGGUAUUUGUGAAUGUCAUUUCAUUGGGCCUUGGUUUUUAAAACCAUACAUACAAAUUCUGUUUUUCAUAUUUUGGGACAGUUUGCUGUGUUUAUAUUGUUGUAUAAUGAAAAUAAAAAUAAAGCAAAUAAAGAUGA